UUUAUGAUGAAUCAUUAAAGAGACCAGUUAUUCCUGAGAUAGUUCCAACAGCAAUUGCAACAGUAGUAAAUACGAUUCUACCUGCAUUCUCAUUAUUUUUGUCAUCAUUUGGAUGGGCAACUGUUGGAGGACAUUUAUGCCUUAGACCAACAUUUUUAACAAAAUGUCAACCGGAUCCAUCGAAAAUAAAUGCUUCGCCAGGUCAAAUAUAUUUUACAAAUGAUGUUUGUACAGGAAAAUUAGAAAGUACUGAAUUUCAAGGUGGACAUUCAGCAACUGCGUUUGGUGGAUGGGUUUUCUUCAUAUUAUAUAUAAAUGGUAAAUCAAAGCCAUGGACAAAUGGUUCAUAUUUGUGGAAAAUUUUGAUUUUAUGUCUUCCACUAUUAUUUGCGUCAUGGGUUUCAGUCACAAGGAUUAACGACUUUAGACAUUUUCCAUUUCAAAUUAUAACAGGUGCAAUUUUAGGAAUUUUUGCAGGCUUAAUAUCUUAUAGAUUACAUUUUG